UCUAUGUACAUACUGAUGCAUGAGACAUAUUGAGAGAGGUGUACAGCGAGAGCGUAGCGAUGAGUGUAUAGAUGCGUGUAGGCCAAAUAGGAAUGUGUAUAUAAGAAGUGCUCGGUAUGUGCUUUUCAGUUGGUUGGCAUGUGAUGGUCCAUGCGUGACUGUGAUAGAACAAAGCACUAAUGUCAUACUUUCCAAGCUAUAAGCCAGUCGUAACUUCAAGCUUCCAUCUCCAGUUGUUCUUGCUCAAGAGGAGUGAAACUAGCACGGGGUUGGCACGUUUGGGCAACCCCAUUGAAGGUAAGGUGGGCUUGAAAGUACUCCAGGAUUUGUCAAUCAGCACCAUAGAAGUUGAAAUAAGCGGUAGAUCAGAGACAAGGAUACACAGGACCAUCCUGUCCGUUCCCCUGGGGAGAGCUGAAGUUGUGAAGCAGACUCUGCUACACAAUUCGGUAGUGCUAUUCCCAGGAGGAGAGCAAGAGCCAUCUUCGUCCACCACUCUGAAGCCUGGUGAUUACCAGUUCAAGUUCUCCAUCAACUUCCCCGCCUUUAUGGCUCAGCCACACGAUGAGAAGAUGAUAUAUGAUGACCGCUAUCCAACAUGUAUGUCAAGUUUGGCACGUAAGUCCAUGAUUCCACCGAGUUUCCACAUCUCUGAACUCACCGACAAGUUGAGCAUCGCUUAUGAGUUGAAAGUCACCUUGAGUCGUCCCGAGAGGUUCCAUUCAAAUGCUAGGAUAGUUGUGCCAAUAAACAUGGCACAUGUUUGUCGUGAUACAGGUUCUGAACAACAGAACCUUCACACACUACGUGAAAUGAUCACGAGCACUAAAGCCAUUGGAGCUAGGUUGCAGACUGAUCCGGAAUUGACUAAGAAGGACAAAUUGUGUGCUCUGUUCAGGCCACUGGGAGGAAGCUCGAAUGUUGAGAUGAGGUUGAAAUUCUUGAGCCCUGAGAGUAUACUUCUCAACACGAGACCCAAGCUUGCACUGGCUCUAGAGACUUCCAUUGAUAGCGAGCUCAAACCAUUCCCACUGUUGUAUAUACGGUCCUUUGAGAUUACGUUGUUGUCGAGAACAGAGGUUCACACGCAGAACCUAAGCCACUCUUACGACAAGAGUGUGCCGUUGCUAAGCCUGACAGCUCUUAUGGAGAUUCCAGCGUGGAGGCUGAGAAGAUUAGAGCCACACAACGAUGGCUUCAAAUCGGAGCUGGACCUUUCGAAUUUAACGGAUGGUGAGAUAUUUCCAGAGAUUAGAGCCAUACCCAGCUUCGCCAUUGGCAACGUUAGACAUAGCCAUUUCAUCCAGGUGUGUAUCAAAGUUACAAAUGGUGACAGUUCGCUGGUGUCAAGCAGUGAGGUCAUUCAAGCAAUGCAACCAGUUUUGGUACUCGGGGGCUCUUCCCGUUCCAAAGAUCAAGUCUUGACAGAUGAAAUGCCGAUUGACAAGAGGAAUCAAAGUUCAAUUACAAGGAUUGGCCCUGAGGAGUAUCUCCAAUGCUAUUCUGAUGAGGAGCAGUUUCUGCCUCGAUACGAGGAGUGAGUCAUCUACAUCACAGGCAAGCUGAGGGGUGAGAGGUGGGGGCAAACCUCUCUUUCAAUCUUCACUGGUACACGGGGCUUGUGUUGAUUGAGCAAGGUAUCGCAAUUGUUUUUACCUUUAUGUAAGUGUCGUGCAUGUUGAUGUUGAGUGUAACGUUAUUAGCCGUUGAGAAGCGUUUCAGUGCAUCUGUCAGCGUUCUUCUUUUGACGGCUCACCAAUAUUAAUCCAUAAGGCGAAAGCCAUGCUCAGAUAGCACUGUAAGCCCGUAGAAGCCAUUUGCUAAGCGGCUACACAC